UUGUACAGUCCCUGCAUUGAAUUACAAUCUUUGAUGAAUCUGGGAAUAGGCUACUUCUGGGCAGGGGGAGUGUCUGCUUUGAUUAAACCUGGCACAGCAGAGGAACCAGAAAAGUAUAAUGGGGCUAUUACAGACAGACGGGAAACCAAGAAGCACAUAUCCAGAAAGCUGAAGGGAAAGAGAAGACAUGUUGUAGUUGUAGCAAAGCAACACCUCACGUUUCCAAUCCUGCCCAGUGUUGCUCUUGCACAGUCUCAGGCUAAGCAUGUUAGGUAGAUGGUUUGUGUCUUAAUCUGACUCUUUUCCUCUUUGUUGUUACUAAGUCUUGUAUCUAGGGGUCCUGGUCUAUGACUAGGGCUCCCAGGUGCUGUGGUAAUACAAAUAAUAAAUGAGACUGUUGGCCUCUGAAAACAGUGCCUGUGCUGGAGUAGGCCUCGCAGAUACUGGCUGCAGUCAGAAUGGGCACGGGGAAAGGCAGAGGGCAGAAAAGGGGAAGUGAAGGCUCCAAACUCAGGAGUAGGAAAUGUGGUGGUAUAGCAGCACCAGGAAGAGAGAAGAGUCUUCCUGCUGUGGGUCAGGCCCAGAGUCGUCCCCUCCUCCACGCACAUGCUGUCUUACUUCUUCUCUCUCUGCAGUUUGGCCUGUCCCUGCUGUACUUGGUCCUGAGUCGUGGGGAGGAAUUGCAGAAUUCCAAUGCUGGUACGGAGCUAAUGCAGGACAACCAGUGGACAGAGCUGAUGUCCAUGACAACCCGAGAGCUUCUGCAGAUCCCUGAAGCAGUGCUGGCAAAGCCAGUAUCCACCCCUUCUAAUCUGCUGUCCCUUUUUUCUCGCUAUGUUGAUCAGCAGAAGCUGAACGUGCUGGAGACAAAGUUGCAGUUAGUGCAGGGGAUACGGUAGGAGGUCUUGACGGGUCCUCAAUGCCGGCUGCCAUCCUUGCCGCCGCCACCAGAGGAUUGCAGUGGAGGAAGGGAGGCAGUUGCUCCCCUGAAGCAAAGCCUUGUGGGAUUUUUCUCUUGGAUAUCUGGCACGGGAGACCUCUCUUUUGCUCUGUGAACUUGGAUGGGUGUGUGUUUGGUUUCUCCUGCCACCCUUCGCUGCUAGGUUGCAAUUCGGCAUGUCCUUGCUGCGUUCCCAUUUCCCUCUGCAUCUUCACAACAGCUGCUGCUUUCUCCCGACACAGCCCCUGUCUUCCCCCCGCCACCACCACAUUCAGGCUACUGAGGGACUGGUGAGGAACCCACCCUCUCCUCCUUCCUGCCCCCUGUCAAUGCAGAAUCCAGAUAGCUAGGGAGACAGCUAGUUGUGGGGAGAAUCCCCAUGUGCUCUGGAAGGUGGAGUUGGGGGCCUAGAGAGACAUCUGCUGCCCAAUGUCUCCUAAAUGUUUAGGAGGGUGUGACUUUUAGAUGAUUGGCCCUCUGACCCUGUUUCUUUCUUCAAUCUUUGCUCAUUGGCUAAGACGUGAGAAUCUGUUGGCUCCCCCCUCUCAUAUCCAAGCACUGAGUUUUCGUCCCACCCCUCACACUGCACAGGGUGGGCUUUCCUGUUCCAGCUCGGCAUGGGCUUCUCGUUCUUUCUGAAGUUGCACAAACUGGGCUCCCCUCUGUCACCCGUCCUAAUCCCAUGACACAGUGAACACACGCCUUUGCACACUUGCCUCGUCUUCCUGGGAAUCGUUUUGCACCCCUCUCUCUCACACCUGCCCCUUGGUUCAGGCCCAUGCUGUCAAGAGCCCUCCAAGACAAUAACCAAGGGGCCUGGCUUUGAUCUCUAGUGGAUAGAGCUGCUAAUCUGAAUGAGUUUUCCAUACCCAACCACUGCUAGAUCCUGCUGUUUUGCUCCUUUUGGAAUGUGGUGGGGUUUUUAAUCUUUCUUUGCUUUUAACGACAAAAAAUAUUUGCACAUGUAGGUAUUCUACAACCAGUAAACUCCUCCCUAUUAACCAGCUGCCCCUCCUCCUAAAUCAGCUGCUUUCUCCUAAUCCCUCUCUCCCCAAAGUAUUCUCCCCUCCAACCAAAACCACCUCCCCAUAACUCCUCUCCCUACACACACACACACCCACACACCCCGCACCCUCCAUUUCCCUCACAACCGAUCAAGUGGACCGUUCCUUUAUUAUAUUAUUCCUUUUUUGUGCUUCCCUCCCUCCUCAUUUUUGGUUCUGAUGAAAAUAAAAGUUUCUAAAUUUACAUUUUUAUAGGGUAUUGUAAAUAAAAAUGAA